AGCCUAUUCGGAACUUUGAUGAAGAAUGAGACCGCGAUGACGGAAGAACCGCGAGAGACUUGGGGUAAAAAGGCAGACUUCCUGCUGUCAGUGAUUGGCUUCGCCGUGGAUCUGUCAAACGUCUGGAGAUUCCCCUACCUUUGUUACAAGUACGGUGGAGGGGCUUUUCUCGUGCCGUACUGCAUAAUGUUGGCAGUAGGGGGCAUUCCGUUGUUCUUCAUGGAGUUGGCAUUGGGUCAGUUCCACCGGAAAGGCGCAAUCACGUGUUGGGGUCGGCUCGUCCCUCUCCUUAAAGGUGUUGGAUACACUGUCGUCCUGAUAGCACUCUACGUCGAUUUCUAUUACAAUGUGAUCAUUGCCUGGGCCCUGUACUACUUGUUGGCUUCAUUCACGACGACAUUGCCGUGGACAUCCUGCGACAACGAAUGGAAUACCGGAAACUGCUCCGUGGAAGCGAGAGGCGGUCGAGGAUUUACAAGCCCUGCGCAAGAGUAUUUCAAGCGUCAUCUGUACCGGCUCGAGGACGGUGUCGGGCUUGACAAUUUGGGACCAGUACAAUGGCAGAACGCGCUGUGCUUACUCGCUGUAUACAUCAUCUGCUACUUUUCGCUAUGGAAAGGAAUCUCGACUUCGGGAAAGGUCGUCUGGUUCACCGCAUUGUUCCCAUACGUUGUGCUAUUCAUCCUGCUCAUCCGUGGAAUCACUCUGCCCGGAGCCUAUGAAGGCAUUCGAUACUAUCUGACACCGAAGUUCAGUGUGCUCAAAUCAUCCGAAGUUUGGGUGGACGCUGCCACACAGGUAUUCUUCUCCCUGGGCCCCGGGUUCGGCGUUCUCUUAGCCUUCUCGUCGUACAACAAGUUCCACAACAAUGUACUGCGAGACGCGGUGCUCACAUCUGCCAUAAAUUCAGCCACCUCGUUCCUGGCUGGUUUCGUGAUCUUCUCGGUUCUGGGUUUCAUGGCACACAGGGCCAAUGUGGAAAUCAGAGAAGUCGCCACCGAAGGACCCGGACUCGUGUUCAUAGUUUAUCCGGAAGCCAUCGCCGCAAUGCCGGGAUCGACUUUCUUUUCAGUGAUGUUCUUCCUGAUGCUACUCACCAUCGGGCUCGAUAGUUCUUUUGGCGGGAGUGAAGCUGUGAUCACUGGAAUCGGGGACGAAUUCCCUUUAUUGAAACGAUACCGGGAGUGGUUCGUUGCCGGGCUGUUCUCUUUCUAUUACAUCGUGGGACUCCUAAGCUGUACCUCGGGUGGAAUCUACGUCGUCAACCUCCUGGAUCAGUUUGCAGCGACUUACUCGAUUCUUAUCGCGGUUUUCUUCGAGGCAGUCGCCGUGUCGUGGAUAUACGGCAUCCGACGUUUUUCCGAGGACAUCCGUGAGAUGCUCGGUAAAGAAGUAGGCGUGUACUGGAAAUUUUGUUGGAUGUUCGUCGCUCCCAUAUUCAUACUGGUCAUCGUCGUGUCAUCGGUCGCGGGCUAUUCGGGUAUUUCGGAUCAAGAAUACAAAUAUCCAUGGUGGGCGGAGAUAGUCGGCUUCAUUUUGGCCGCCUCAUCGGUCAUGUGCAUCCCUGUAACGGCUAUAUAUUACCUGAUCAUGGCUGAAGGUAGCUUCCGAGAACGACUCCGUGAUCUCACGACACCAUGGCGAGAUCGGGCCGGCAACCGGCUCCACAAAGGGAUGAGCUCGAGCACUGUGAAUCCUGCCAGUGAAUUCAAUUUACGAGCAGCACAAGUCUAGUUGGGCUCGGAGCAGACUCAUUGUCAGCUCUCUUGCGGCGAUAUUUAGGCGGAAGUCCCUGGGGGAGCCCUAAUUGGAGCGUGGCGAUCGGAAUCGGAGUGCGAUCAUAAACUCACACAUUC